CUCUUCGUUCGAUGAUCGGAGACGGAAAUCAAGGAAGAGAAAAAGGUCAGGAACGAAGGGUAUUAGGUCGAGACAAGACGGAUGCAGUCCGUUGCGACGUCUUACUAUCGAAAUAAUUGCAUAUCCCUCCCCAAAGUGUUCUCGGAAGGGGAGCUGUUCUAUGAACAUCAUCAUAUGUUUUUAUGCGCGAUUCCUCGUUGAAGCAUCGUUGGAUUAACAACAGCAUAUUCACCUUUGCAAUAACAAUGGCGACUUUCCAUAAGAAGCACCUUUGUUCAUCGAAUGUAACUAUAAGCGCUGUGUUUUUCGAUUUGGACAAUACACUCAUCGAGACUAGGAAGGGCGACAGUCAAACGUGUCGAAAGAGUGCGCGAAAUGAAUCUUUGAUCCAGUAUUAGAAAUAUAUGAAAGGUCACAUUUGUGUCAGUCAUUCAUUUGCUUCGUCUAUAUUUUUGUUAUUAUUUUUUGUAUAUUUUCAAGAAGUUUUCUGAUGAUUAUGUUCAUAUCUACCCUCUUUCACUUCCGUUCGGAUAUGAAGAUCGCACGAAAAUAGAAGCCUCUGUGUAACACGAGCCGACUCCCUGAUAUAGAGCUUUCUCUCGGACGGUUAUUUUCGACCGAUCCUACUGGUACUGUCCAGACGCUCGACAUAACGUAGAAAAAGCUUGCGAGCACGUUACUGAAAGUUUUCACGAUCUUGAGAUACCAGCUCGAGCGUACUGUGUGCAUCUACUCUUGAAAAACUCGCGUACAGUGCGCUACUUUAGAAAAAGGUUAUGCUUGAAACGUAUUAGAAAAAACGUACGAGUGUGAAGUAAUUUUCUGAUGAAAUUUUGCAAACAAAUCGACAUAAAGAAUUUUUAGACUCGUUUCCCUUUAAGUUUAAGAAGAAGCAGUAUAAUUCACUGGUGGUUUAUCUAUUAUACUUUUGUAAUAUAUGUGAGGUAUUAUAAAACGUCAUUAACCUUAUACUGGCAAUAAUCCAUUGGGUGGUAAUGUACUCAUGUUUGUGGAAUAACGUUUGUGGUGGUACAACUUUAUUUUUAUCCUGCUAAGUGAGUGUGUCAAAGGGCAAGGCUAGUUUCAAGGGGUUCGUUCUGGGAGUACUGCCAGUUGGCUUUUGGCUGUGCCAUGUGAAAGAUGCAAUCCUUGGUGAAACCUUGUUGAACUCUUCAGAAAUAAUUAUUUGUCUAAUCGAGAACCUGUGAGCCUUGUCAAAAGUAUCGUUGUUAUAAAAGAAAACCAAGUUAUCAAUACAUUCGACGAACCGAUAACAGAAGUAUCUGAUUACAGUAAUUCUGAUAAAUAAACCACAAAAAUGAGUAUCCCAGAAAGUGUGAAGAAGUGCGUAGCUAUUUUAAAAACUGUUGAAAAUGAUUCAGAAAAAUUUGCUGCUCUUUUUAUGGUCACAAAAUUGGUGGACAGCAAGGAUUGUACACCUGCAAUUAAAAAGAUAUUAUUUGAAGCUAUUGGGUCCAAGUUUAUAAAAAAAUUAUUAUCUACUCAAACAGUUCCUGUAGAUUGUCCUCCGCAAGUGUAUAAAUCUGUAGCAUUAUCUAUACUUUCUGCAUUUUGUGGAGAACCAGAAUUAGCUUCUCAUCCAGAUAUGAUUGCUCACGUACCUGCAUUGCUUGAAAUUGUUUCCCAAGUUGAUGAAGAUGCAGCUGAUGACAUGUUAAUUAUUGUCAGUGAGGCAUAUGCAUGUUUGCAAAGUAUUGCACAAUAUCCUCCAGGACAGAAAACUUUGCUUGAACAGAAAGCAAUAUCAAAAAUGUGUGAUAUUUACUCAGAAAAGAGCUUUCAAACAGAUCAGGCAUUAAAUAUUUUAGUUAUGUUAGUUGGAAGAUUCGGCCCAGAAGCUUGGGAUGCAAAUGAUAAUGCACCUUUCCAUGCUAUUAUAAAUAAAAUUGCUUUAGACUUCGAAACAGAUCAUACUGAAAGAAAAUUUGAAUUAUGCACAAUUUUACAAGCUUUAUUGAUGUCUUGUAGAAGAGAUGUUGUUAAUGAAACUGCUAAAGAUGAAUCUUGGCCAUUUAGCAUUCAUAAGGGCUUGUCAGAUAUUCUUGGGUCAAAAAUUGGUAAAAAUCAACGUGAUCCAGCAUUGAAACUUGCUUCUGUGAUGAUGGAUUUAUUGGGAGCUGAGUGGACAUUGUUAGAUAAAGAAAAACCAAAAGUAUUCUUUUUACUCUUAAUUCAAUUGGCAUCUAUCGAAGUUAGAAUGCAAUUAGAAGGAAAACAAAUUAAAUCUGUCAUGGCAAAUGUUGAUUUAAUUACAUCUUGCUUUGUUAUUCUUGAAAUUUCUCUUACUUACAUUACUACUGACCAGUUAGACCUAGAAGAGAAAGAAAAACAGUCUCUGUAUACAGCAUUGAAAGGAGCAUUUGCUGCAAUUAUAGGUUUACUCACAGCAGUCUCUAAAAUGAAAGAGUUGACAGAUAUUAAAGAACGAGUAUUUAUUUGUGCUGUGGUAAGGGUAUUGGCAGCCUGGCUAGCCCAGGAAACUAAAGCUAUGCGUCCACAGAUUUAUGCAGUUUUGCCUUAUGUUUUGACAGUAGCUAAUGAUACGUUUUAUGCUUAUCGCAAUAGAAAAUUAGCAGAGAAAGCUAAAACAAAUGCUAAAGCAAAAAGUGAUGAAGGAACAUCAUCAGAAGAACCAGUCAUACAUGAUCCUUUAAGCGAAAUUGAUGUUUUAAGAUUGUUAUUACCAGCUUUGUGUUACUUAGCUGUUGAAGAAGAUGCUAGAAAAAUUUUACUUCGACAUAAACAGGAAGAAGUUUUAUUCGAGUGUUUAUCCUAUCAUUGGACAAUUGUUCAUUAUAAAAAACCACCGGUUCCAAGAUCAGAAAGAUUGAAGGCAUUAAAAGAAGCAGAAAAGGGAGAAGAUUUAGAACUUUACGCAUCAGAAGCAAUGAAAGAUUCAAGAACAGCUAUGGUUUCUGCAUGCAAUGUUUUGAUGAACAUUACUGUAUUAGAACCAAAGCUAGUGGAAGAGUCAGCAACAUUUGUUUCUUUAUUGAAAUUUAUGUUCAAUAAUCUUCCAGAACUGAAACAAAUUCCAGAAAAUUUAGUUCUGCAUGGACAUUUAGCAGUUUUGGGAUUGUUGUUGUUGAAACAACAGGCAAAACGUAUUAAAAAGAAUGAUUUCUCUAUAUGUCGGUAUAUUCAAGCUACAAUAAGGUUCCUCUGGGAUGCAUACAUAAUUGAUGAAAGUAACGAUCCAACUGAACUCGUUGUUUCUAUUCUAUACAAAGAAAGAUGGAUGGAAAUCAUGGAACUAUGGUUUCUUGGAAUGCAAACAAUGGCUGGAGUUUUACAAGUAGUUCCAUGGCUAUCACAGUUUGCUCUUGAGUCAGGCUGGGCUGAAGAAAUUAUUGAAACUCUUAAGAAAGUAAAAUCAGGAAGCCUUCAACCAAAUGUGAAAUCUGCUUUUGAAGAUCUUUUAUGUCAUUUAGUUAAAGCAGAUCAAAAUGUUGCUUCUGUUCUGAAGAAAUGUGGAGCUUUAACUGUUUGCAGAAAUCAUCGUAUGAUGGAACUUGGAAAACAUCUUUUUGGAGAUUAAAAUAGUGUGAAGACAGAAGUACAAUUUGUGUUUCAAUUAAAAAUAUCAAUUUUAAUUAUAUGCUUUAUAUACUACCAAAUAUUUUCUAGAAUGCAGGUUUAUUUAUAGGUUUAUUUCUUAAUAAUUUUGUUUUGCAAAAUUAUAUACAUUAUUCUAAUAAUACCUUCUGCCCACAAUUUCUUAAAAUUGUAAGCAGUCAGAAUUCAAAUGUAAAUUUAGGUGGCAAUCAUAUCUAGAAAUAGUUUUCUGGCAAGCAAUGGAGUUAAUGAAUAUGUAUACAAAUUAAAUAGUUAUAGCGCUUAAAUAUUGGAAUAUGUUUCACUUCUAUAUAUUUUUACGUUUCAUAUGAAAGUAUAAAAUGAUAGGCUACUAAAAUUUUUUACAAGCUAGAUAUGUAUUUACAAUUGAUGUAGUUUCAAAAUGUAUAUACAAAGGAAAAAUGUUUAUGUAUAAUCAGUGGUUUUGUAAAGCAACAAGUGAUCUUCUCAUUAAAUUGACUUGUUUUUUAAACUAA